AUGCAAGAAGAGGGCAAAACAGAUGAUGGUUUUAUCCCUCUUGGCAUUUGCCAUAGGCUAUUCAAUUUCAUCAUCAAUAGCUUCCUUACAAGACAUUUUACAUCACCUCAUGAUGAAAGAUCUCAAGCUCAUCAAGUCAGAAAUCCGGACCAUGAUGUAAUUAGUCACCAUCAUCAUGGCCAUGACACGGAUCAUGAAAUACUAGUUGAGUUUAGACACAUUAAUGGUUCAAUUGUGAACAGGAAAAACAAGAGCUCUGGUCAAAAUUUGGUCAAAGAAAACGGGAAUCCGACAUUAACCCGUCAGAAAACGGAUUCACAGGAUCAAAGGAAUGGAAAUGGUGAUCAAGAAAAAGCCCCCAAAAGGACGAAUUUGAAGAUCAUAGAAGGUGGGAAUCUGCCUGGAAGGAGGCAUCAUCUUUUGAGUGUUGCUUCAAAUAUAAAUGAGAAAGCUGAUGCAUUUAUAAGGAGCAAGAAAGAAGCCAUGGAAAAGAACUUGAGCAUGAAAGAGAUCAACGAUGUGUGA